AUGUCAAACUAUACACAUUUGGAUCCACAAGACCAGGAUAUACAGCAAAACAAGGCCACAGUGCUUUGCUGUAAUUGUGGUGUACCUAUGGAUGGAUCCACAGGUCUUGUUCUGUGCUACGAUUGUAUCAAACAGAAUGUGGAUAUCACAAAAGGGAUUCCAAGAGAGAUGAAUUUAUCAUACUGUCGUAACUGUGAAAGAUUUUUACAACCUCCCUCUUCGUGGAUACAUGCACAAUUAGAGUCGAGGGAAUUAUUGGCCAUUUGCCUAAGACGUUUGAAAGGACUCAAUAGCGUUCGUCUAAUUGAUGCAUCUUUCUUGUGGACAGAGCCCCAUUCGAGGCGUGUUAGAGUGAAGCUAACAGUUCAGGGAGAAGCAUUCAAUAAUGUCAUAUUACAGCAAACAUUUGAAGUGGAGUACGUCGUGAUUGCUAUGCAGUGCCCAGAUUGUGCCAAGGCUUAUACUACUCAUACAUGGAAUUCUAGCAUCCAACUUAGGCAGAAGGUUCCUCAUAAAAGAACUUUCUUGUACUUGGAACAGCUUAUUUUGAAACAUAACGCACACGUUGAUACGAUUUCUAUCAAGGAGGCCAAAGAUGGUUUGGACUUCUUUUACGGUAAGCAGAACCAUGCCAUCAGAAUGCUCGAUUUUUUAAGAGGUUGCGUUCCAAUUAAGUAUAAGAAAUCGCAAAGUCUUAUCACGGAAGAUUCCCAUAGUGGUACCGCAAAGUAUAAGUUCACUUAUUCUGUGGAAAUCGCACCUAUAUGUAAGGAGGAUUUAGUGGUGCUGCCUAAAAAGCUUGCCAAAUCCAUGGGUAACAUCUCCCAAUUUGUUAUUUGUUCAAAAGUGACAAAUGCUAUUCAAUUUUUGGACCCUACGACCUUGAAAACGGCCGAUCUACAAGGUUCAGUUUUCUGGAGAGCACCAUUUAGCUCGUUGACCGAUAUGUCACAACUGGUAGAAUUUAUUGUGCUAGAUGUAGAACCAACUGGUGAGCAGAAGGGUAAGUUCUUACUUGCUGACAUUACUGUGGCACGUGCAAGUGAUAUGGGCGUUAAUGAUCAAGAGUAUUACGUGAGAUCGCAUUUGGGUGCUAUUUUGCACCCAGGAGACUCUGCACUUGGCUACUAUCUUGCCAACUCUAACUUUAACUCUGAAUUAUUUGAUUCGUUGGAUACAGAUAAUCUUCCAGAAGUCGUGCUAGUGAAGAAGUUCUACAAGAGAACCAACAAGACCAUCAAGAAGAGACAAUGGAAGUUGAAGAGAAUGGCCAAGGAAAAGGAAGAAAUUGGUGGAUCUUCUUCUUCUCGUGACAACAAACAGGUUAGACAAGAGGAAGAGAGAGCAGAGAAAGACUACGAGAUCUUUAUGGAGGAAUUAGAGGAGGAUCAAGAGUUGAGACAGACUGUUAAUCUGUACAAAUCGGAGAAACCCGCUGAAGCGGGAACUGAAACGGAUGCGGAGAGCGAGGAAGACGAGGAUGCCCCUCAAAUUGAUGUUGAUGAGUUAUUGGAUGAGUUGGAUGAUAUGAAGUUGGAUUAA